AUGGCUGACACGGAGCUCCGCCAGCGCAAGGCCAAGGACAACGAUGGCAAGGCAAAUGAAAGCGCCAAGGUCCGCACGAGAACUUCGGAAGAUGAUAACCUAGGGUCAAUCCGCCUGGAUAUCUUACGAGUCUUGACUUUCUUGUUCGUUGCUUCGUGCGGUCUCAGCUAUGUCAUCAGCUCUGGCGAGAGCUUCUUCUGGGGCAUGCACAAUAAGCCGUAUUACCUGAAGCCUGAGUGGUGGAAGGCCAAGUUUGGUGGACCAAUUUAUCUUACCCCUGACGAACUCUCCCAAUACAACGGCUACGAAGAGGGCAAACCCCUGUACCUAGCUGUCAAUGGCACCAUAUUUGACGUAUCCAACGGCCUGCACAUGUAUGGUGUCGGUGGCUCGUACCACUUCUUCGCCGGUCGCGAUGCGUCGCGCGCCUACGUUAGCGGCUGCUUCGAGGAAGACUUGACCCCCGACAUGCGCGGCCUUGAAGAAAUGUACCUCCCCAUCGACGAUCCCGAAACUGAUUCCAAGUGGACCACGGCCGAGAUGAAGGAACUCAAGGAGCAGGAGCUGGCGGAAGCCAGCGAGAGAGUUUACAAUGGCCUGAAGCACUGGGUUGACUUUUUCACCAACAGCCCCAAAUAUCAAAUGGUCGGUUACGUGAAGCGCGAGGAAGGCUGGCUGGAAAAGCUUCCUACUCCUGUGCUGUGUAAAUCUGCCCAGCAAAAGCGCAAGAAGAGGGUCCCUCGGGAUCAACAGUAG